UCAUUUGCCAUAAUCAGUAGGUCGACGUCCAUCGUGGACUUCGUUUAUGCUAAUUCCGCGCUUCAUUUCACUGUCAAUUGUGGUUGCGGUCGGUUCGAGUGAUAGUUUAGCAAGUUUUAAAAAAUGAUCUUCAAGUUAACAAUAUUUACAUUUUGCCUAGUGGGGAUCCAUGUUUCCACUGCAGGUCGCAGUUCAGGAUUCUGGCGUGGUAAAAAGUUCUCCCAGGAUGGCCCUACGAAGAAUCCCGUUUUCAAGGGAGUGGAUUCGAAUGUUCAAACACUGUGGUUCGAUCAACUGCUGGACCACAACGAUCCAACAAAUCCGACCACCUGGAAGCAACGGUACUACGUAAAUGAUGAAUAUUUCAAAAACGACGACGGCUCCGGCCCGUUGUUCUUGAUGAUCGGAGGGGAAGGUGAGGCCACCGUUCGCUGGAUGACGGAAGGGGCUUGGAUUCACUAUGCGCAGGAAUACGGAGCAUUGUGCUUCCAACUGGAACACCGCUUCUAUGGCAAAAGUCACCCAACUGACGAUUUGUCUACGAAAAAUUUGGCAUAUCUCAGCUCGGAGCAAGCAUUAGCUGACUUAGCGUACUUCAUUGAAGCAAUGAAGGAUAAAUACCAACUGGGCCGUGGCAAUCGAUGGAUCGCAUUUGGUGGAUCAUAUCCGGGAUCGCUUGCUGCCUGGUUACGGGAGAAAUAUCCUUAUCUGGUACAUGGAUCCAUCAGCAGUAGUGGACCACUGUUGGCGAAGAUUGAUUUCAGGGAGUACUUCGAGGUGGUGACCAAUUCCUUGCAGCGAUAUUCGGCUGAAUGUGUUGAUGCAGUACGUAGUUCUAUGAUACAGGUCGAAACGCUACUCAAACACAUGAUCGGUCAGCGAAAUCUAAACGAAAACUUCAAGCUGUGUGAUCCCGUUGAAAAGUCUAUUGCGAAUGAUUUGGACAUUUCCAGUCUGUUUGAGGCGAUAGCUAGCAACUUUGCGGGAGUGGUUCAAUACAACAAGGACAAUAGCCCGCAUGCUAGACUCACAAUCGAUGAGGUAUGCGAUGUGAUGAUGAACCAGACCAUCGGAGUGCCAGUUAUGCGACUGGCCGCCGUUAAUGCGAUGGUUAUGAAGCAAGAUAAUGUGACAUGUUUGGACUAUGUGUACGAAAAAACGAUCAAACAGAUGCAGAACACCUCGUGGGAUUCUGAUGUGGCUAAUGGAGCUCGUCAAUGGACCUACCAAACGUGCAACGAGUUCGGAUUUUAUCAGACGUCGGACAAUACGACCCUGGUCUUCGGCAAUCGUUUCCCGGCCGAGUUCUUCACCCGUCAGUGCUCGGACGUAUAUGGCAGACGAUUUGAUCAAAAUGCCCUGAGCAGAGCCAUCUAUCGGACAAACACCAACUACGGUGCCCUGAACCCCGGAACGACCAACGUCCUGUAUGUGCAUGGGUCGAUCGAUCCCUGGCACCGGUUGGGACUGACGGAGAGCAACGACAUAAACUUGCCUACCAUUUUUAUCGACGGUACCGCCCACUGUGCCAACAUGUACGAACCCAAGGAGGAUGAUUUUCCACAGCUGAAAAAUGCACGUGUUCAAAUCAGUAGCUUUAUUGGUCGACUGCUCAAAGUGGAUUAUGAUUACGAUUAUUAGGAUUAUUACGAUAUAAAGUUAUUAUAAAAUAUAGCUCUCUCCUUGUGAUUAUACAAAAUAAAAGCAGAUUACUUUCGUGAAACUAA